AAAAAAACACGAAGUUAAGAUGUGCUAUUUUGUAUUUAAAUUCUCAACAUUGUUACUGGUUUUAGUUAAUAUUUUGAUAUUGGCCGUUGUGUCACAGCCAAAUUGUCCAACUCAGGAUGGUCAGCUUCCCGUAUACAUUCCUGACAACGAUUGUGGAAGAUUUUGGCAGUGUUCUAAUGGUGUAGCACAUCUAUUUAAUUGUUCAGCUAAUCUACACUUUAAUCCAACCAUAAAUGUUUGCGACUGGCCUCAAUCUGCAGGAUGCUUAUCAAAAACAGAGGAACCCGAACAUCCAUCUACUAUUAGUACAAAAAAACCUCCUGAUCCUGUAACUGCAACAACGAGAACUUCUACUAGAACUACAACUCCUACUAGAAUUGCAACUCCUACUAGAACUACAACUUCUACUAGAACUACAACUCCUUCUAGAACUACAACUCCUUCUAGAACUACAACUCCUACUAGAACUACAGCUCCUACUAGAACUACAACUCCUACUAGAACUACAACUCCUACUAUCACUACAACUCCUACUAGAACUACAACUCAUACUAGAACUACAACUCCUACUAAGACUACAACUCCUACUAGGACUACAAUUCCUACUAAGACUACAACUCCUACUAAGACUACAACUCCUGCUAGGAACACAACCCCUACUAGAACUACAACUCCUACUAAAACUACAACUCUUACUAGGAAUACAGCUCCUACUAGAACUACAACUCCUACUAGAACUACAACUCCUACUAGGACUACAACUCCUACUAGAAAUACAGCUCCUACUAGAACUACAACUCCUACUAGGACUACAGCUCCUACUAGAACUACAACUCCUACUAUGACUACAACUUCUACUAGAACUACAGCUCCUACUAGAACUACAACCCCUACUAGGACUACAACUCCUACUAAGACUACAACUCCUACUAUGACUACAACUCCUACUAAGACUACAACUCCUACUAGGACUACAUCUUCUACUAGGACUACAGCUCCUACUAGAAGUACAACUCCUACUAGGAAUACAACUCCUACUAGGACUACAGCUCCUACUAGAACUACAACUCCUACUAGGACUACAACUCCUACUAGGACUACAACUACAGCUCUUACUAGAACUACAACCCCUACUAGGACUACAACUCCUACUAAGACUACAACUCCUACUAUGACUACAACUCCUACUAAGACUACAACUCCUACUAGAAUUACAACUCCUACUAGGACAACAGCUCCUACUAGAACUACAACUCCUACUAUGACUACAACUUCUACUAGAACUACAGCUCCUACUAGAACUACAACCCCUACUAGGACUACAACUCCUACUAAGACUACAACUCCUACUAUGACUACAACUCAUACUAAGACUACAACUCCUACUAGAACUACAACUCCUACUAGGACUACAUCUUCUACUAGGACUACAGCUCCUACUAGAACUACAACUCCUACUAGGAAUACAACUCCUACUAGGACUACAGCUCCUACCAGAACUACAACUCCUACUAGGACUACAACUCCUACUAGGACUACAACUCCUACAAGUAUGACUACUUCGACGACUUCUACUAAUACUCCUACAACAAUUUCAAGUACUCCUACAGCAACUACUAGAACUUCUACAACAACUACUAGUACUCCUACAGCAAUUACAAGUACUCCUACAAUAACUACUAGUACUCCUACAACAACUGCUGUUAAUGAUUUCACAAUUACAACUAUUAUUUCUGGGAGUACAACUAAAUAUACCACCCCUGUAGUUACAAUUCCAAGUAUUUCUACUUUAUUUCCAACGUCAACUACCAGUAAUAAUUAUACAAGUAUAACCACUAGUAAUACUACUACGACUUCUGCAACUACAACUAAUAAAAGCAUUCCUACAAAAACUGUUACUAAUAAUCCUAUUACAAAUACGACUCCUGGUAGUACGUAUAGUACUACAAUCACCACUUCUACAAGUAGUGAUUUAACUAGCACUACAAAUAGUACUACUACAAUUACUGAUAAUUCCUCAUCAACUUCAAGUAUUACUAUAACUACUAGCAGUAUUCCUACCACAAUCAGUACUACUAGUUGUACAGAAAGUAUUAUUAGUUCUUCUAAAGAUGAUUUAACAACUGAUGAAAGUAUUGUUACUGUUAGUGAAGAUGAAAUUUUCACUUCAGACGAAUCAGAAGCAUCUUUCACCUCUUCACUAACCAGUGAUGCAAUUAAAGAAACAACUUCGCCGAUUAUUACAGAUGAAGAUAUGCCUUCAACUGAGAUAUUACAUGAUACUACAACUCCAAUUAGUACUAGUAGUACCACUAUCAUAACUUCUACAUCUUUAGCAACUACAUCGGAAUCAAAUAGAAUUGAUGAUGUAAAAUACAUUUGCAAAAAUCUUCCUCUCGAUUACUUUUUUGCACCACAUCCAUUUAGCUGCUCUUUAUAUAUAGCCUGUAAUUUUGGUUAUACCAUUAUUAUGAAUUGUCCAUCCAAUCUUUGGUUCAAUACUCAACGGCAGCAAUGUCUUGAACCAGGACUAUCAGAUUGUAGAGUUCAAUUGCCUAAUAAUGAAAUUCCAAAUACAAAUAUUAUUGUAGACCCUAUCUCUUAUACUUGUCGGAUAUAUGAAAUAGCAUUUUUAGCUCAUCCUAAUGACUGUUCUAAGUUCAUAGUGUGUGUUCAUGGAUAUGGUCGUGUUUUAAAGUGUCCUGAAAAUUUAUGGUUUGAUUCGGUUUCACGUCAGUGCCAAAUUCCUCAUAAAACUGUGUGCAAAGUUGUGUAAAUAAAUUGUAUUAUAUUCUGCGUGGUAUUAUUUUUUUUAGAAGAUAUAUUUUAAGAUUAC